AUCUCGUCCUCACAUCCUCCACACAGGAGCCACGGCAUCUUCCACCGAGGCGUCUCCGAUGGGAAAGUGCCUGCAGGGGGUGCUGCCCAGGUGCCGGUGACGUCUGAGGACGGCAGGAUCUGUUUCUCCCCGGCGGAGUGGGCGGCGUUAGCGGAAUGGCCGAGGGAGCUGUACUGGGCCGUGAGGAGGGAGAACUACGCGCUGGUCACCUCGCUGGGUGAGGACUGUCUGGUGCACAGGUUAGAGGCGAAAGCAGCUCCACGCGGAAGAGCGAUCAGUCUGGACCCCUGCUGCAGGCUCUGAGAGCCCCAUCCCCCACACAAGGCAGUGAGGCUGGCCUGGCGGCUGGGUGUAGCCAUGUCCGAAGAAUCGCACCCCUCAAAGGAGGGGGCGGGAUGGCACAGCGAACUGGAGCUGGGCUGUGGAACCUUUUCUCGCGGCAUCACCAGUUCAAAUCCAGGCCACCCGGCUCUCAAACCUGAUCUCUUGUUCCGGAUUGAACGAGGGGAACAACCAGGUGUGGGGGUUCAGCUGAUCUCUGGUGGCUUAGAGCGUCCACCAGAUCCCUGCGCAGGCUACGGAUUUUUCAAGCCCGAUGGUUUCUUCCGGCUUGAGCAAUGGGAGGAGCGAUACAUCGAGGCUCAGCAGAAAGUGGAGGAGAGCAAGAUCCUGGGAAGUGCCUGCGUAGCAGAGCACGGGGGUGUGAACGCAGUCGAGCAAGAAGAGAACUCGGAGAGCUUUGCUGCAGACUUGGAGCUGUCCCCCGUGGUCUGUGACAGUCCCGACGGCUCGUUUCACAGUCGGCAGCUGGGAUCCAAGAGGCAGCAGAGAAACCAGACCAGGAUCAAGAUGGAAGAAUCAGCUGGCUUCAGCAAGUGUUCAGACGCCGUCGUACGUCAGCUAGGGGCUGGGCCUUUCCAGUGUGCCGAGUGCGGGAAACGCUUCCGUCAGAAGCAGAGCCUCAUCACGCACGAGAGGAUCCACACGGGAGAGAAGCCCUACAGGUGUCCAGACUGCGGGAAGAGCUUCAGCCAGAAGCCCAACCUCCUGACUCACCGGCGGAUCCACACCGGGGAGCGCCCCUUCUCCUGCACGCAGUGUGGGAAGAGCUUCAGCCAGAAGGCCAAUCUCGUUGCCCACCAGAGAACCCACGUGGGGGAGAAGCCGCCGCAGUGGGGCGGGCUUGGGGGGAAGCCAAAGUCCCCAGCACAGCAGGGAGACCAGGAGGAAAAGCGGCCGUUCGUAUGCCCCGAGUGUGGGAAGAGCUUCACGCAGAAACCCAACUUGGUGACUCACUACCGGACCCACACGGGUGAGCGACCCUUCAGCUGUGCCCAGUGCGGGAAGAGCUUCAACCAGAAGACCAACCUGGUGACUCACUACCGGACCCACACCGGGGAGCGGCCCUACGCCUGCCCCCAGUGCGGGAAGCGCUUCACCCAGAAGACCAACCUGGUGACUCACCAGAGCACCCACACGGAUGCACGCCCCUAUCCGUGUGGGGAAUGCCAGAAGUGCUUCAAGGACAAGGUGUCCCUGAAAGCGCACCAGAGAACCCACAGCCUGAGCCAGCCCAGACCCUGUGGGAAUGCAGAGCCAAUCCCACUCCACAGUCCCCCUGCCGUGCCGCUCCAGCCCACAGGUGCCGAGCAGGAGAGCCAGCGCGACCCCACUCAGCCAGUGCCGGCCCAGAAGAUCCCCGGAAGCCAGGCACUGUGCACGUGCACUGACUGUGGUAGCAGCUUCCCCCAGAAACCGCAUAUCCCACUGCCCCAGCAAACCCCCUCAGCAGAGCAGCCCUUCCUGUGCGUGCAGUGUGGGGAAAGCUGCCCACAAGCGGCUCUUCUGAAGCACCAGCCCGGCCAGGCCAGGGAGAGGCCCUGCGAGAGCGCCCAGUAUGGGAGAGGCCUCAGCCUGAACCAACAUCUCCUCAGACACCUGGAACCCUGCCUGGGCCCUGGCGACGCGGCGCACGCGUCCCCCGGGGCAGAGCGGCCCUUCAUCUGUAACCAGUGCGGGAGCAGCUUUAGCUUUUGGCCGGCUCUCGUUGCCCAUCAGGGCAGCCACGCAGGAUGGCAGCCGUAUCCGCUUCCGGAACGGGGGAAAGGCCUCAGGCCCCGGCUGUCCCUGCCAGCCCAGCAGGAUGCGCAGGUGGGGGAGACAGCCUGGACUUGCCCCGAGUGCCGGCGGAGUUUCAGCCAACACAGCCAGCUGGCAAAGCACCGGGAGAGCCACUGGGGCGACAGGCCCCAUCGGUGUGACGUGUGCGGGAAGAGCUUCGGCUUGAAAGCCAACCUGAUGACGCACCAGCGGCUCCACACGGGCGAGCGGCCCUUCGCCUGCAGCCAGUGCGGGCGGCGCUUCAACCAGAAGGGGAACUUGGUGACUCACUAUCGGACCCACACGGGCGAGCGGCCUUUCGCCUGCCCCCAGUGCGGUAAGAGCUUCAGCCAGAAGCCCAAUCUCCUCGCCCACCAGAGAACCCACGUGGGGCGGCGGCCCUUCGCCUGCACCCAGUGCCCCAAGCGCUUCAAGGGCAAGAUAUCCCUGAAGAUCCACCAGCGUGUCCACGUUGGGGAGAGACCUCCCGCAAGGCCACCGAGCGUGGAUCUGAUGGAGGCCCACGCCGGGAAGAGGUGCUGUUCCCACUCCCCAUGCGGGAAGCCCUUCAAGGAACACGUUGCCCUGGAGCUCCCCCAGCGAGUGCCCGGUGGGGAGCGGCCGUACGCCUGCCCGGAGUGUGGGAAAUGCUUCCGGCAAAAGGUCACGCUGGUCACGCACCUCCGGACCCACACCGGGGAGCGGCCGUUCCAGUGCACCCAGUGCGGGAGGAGCUUCAGCCAGAAGCCCAACCUCCUCACGCACCAGCGGACUCACACCGGCGAGCGGCCCUUCGCCUGCACCGUGUGCGGGAAGGGCUUCAGCUGGAAGCCCAACCUGGUGACCCAUUACCGCACCCACACCGGGGAGCGGCCCUACAGCUGCGGCGACUGCGGGAAGACCUUCAGCCAGAAGCCCAAUCUCCUUACUCACCGCAGAACCCACUCCCAGCAGAGACCGUACGCUUCCCCCAGCACCACGCAAGCUUCCCCCACGGGGACACCUUCACCCUGCGCCGCGGUGGGGACUGGACCCACAUGCGCUUGGCCUGCAGAGAGCGCCUCAACCACCACGUCCCCCACGGCAGGGAGCUCCUGAAGCCAAGCAAGCAGAGAUGUGGUGUCAAUGCAGCGGGGGUGGCAGGAGCUUUGAAGAUCAGAGAGCUCUGCGGGUGCACCAUAGAGCACCCGUCCCCUGGGCGAGCCGGAAUGAGUAAAGCGUACGCCGGAUCGGCGAGCUGUAUGGUGACUGGGAUCUGGGAACGGGGGGCUAACCCAUGCUGCUGCCGCACCCCCAACACCAGACACGGACUGGGGAACGGUACAGCCAGAAGCCAGAUCUGACUUCAUUCUGCACACACCGAACUUCAGAGAGGACACGGCUGCUGACAGCGGGCAAGCCGGCAGAUUGAUCCGCACACGUUGCUGCAGGGUGCGAAGAGACGUCGAGUACUGCUGGGAGCAGAGCGAGGGGAGGGUGCAGCAAGCCGGCAGAUUGAUCAGCACACGUUGCUGCAGGGUGCGAAGAGAUGCCGAGUACUGCUGGGAGCAGAGCGAGGGGAGGGCGCAGCAAGCCGGCAGAUUGAUCAGCACACGUUGCUGCAGGGUGCGAAGAGAUGCCGAGUACCGCUGGGAGCAGAGCGAGGGGAGGGCGUAGCAAGCCGGCAGGCUGGGACGCUGCGGCGAGUGUCCCGGGAAACCAAACCCUGAAAGAGACUCCCUGGGCGGGAACGGCCCGUGGAGCUCUCCCCUCUCGCCUCCCUGGAGCUAAAUGUGGGGUGGGGGCGGCUCUUGGAAGCUACGAUCCAAGCUAGCCUGGGCGUAUGUUGUACCGAGGGUAUUGCUGGGUUCUGGAUCCCCCCCCAGAGCCAGUUGCAGGGCAGUGAAAGGCCGCCUGGGCUGCGAGCUCCAGCCCCUGUAGACGCAGUAACAGCGUCCGUCCCCACCCCCCACAGCACUUCCCGGGGGGAGGGGCAGGAGGCCCAGCCCCCAGCCCCAGAGAAGGCUGCAGUCGGUCUGAAAGCAGUGGGGGCCCCACGAGGACGAGAUGCCCUUGUUGGGGAGCGGGAAGGAGAAGCUGUGUGCUGGGGCAGAGCUCAGCUUGAUGGCAGGGCCACCGCCCGUCAGCUCAGAACUGAAAACCAGAAGGGGCAGUGGGGGGGACACGGGGAGCCCUGGUACCGGCUUAGCUGAACCACCAGCCUCGGCCAGGUGUGUAAUUAGCUCCACGGCGGAGAACAGAGCCAUGUUCCAGCAUGAUACUCCCAGCUACGCUCUGCCCGUCGUCCCAGCAGUAACGUGGCGACACCAUGAGUCGUAUGUCCCAGAUGGGAAGAAAAGAAAUACUAAUGGCGGGGGGACUGGGGGGGUGGGGCAUGCAGAGCCCGUGGCUGCGGGGACAGUAGCAUGGGAGGGGGACAUGGGGCACACACAGAGCCCCUGGCAGAUUGUGGAGGGCAGAAUGGGGGGUUGUAACAGGGAGCCCCUGUACUAGAGGGGGAAGGGAGAGUGGCACCCGGGGAGCAUGUGGGGAACAGAGGGAUGAAGGGACCCUGGUGUGUGCACUGAGUUUGGCCUGCAGCAGUGACAGCGCGUGUGGUGACCCUCUCAUAAGUUCUCUUCCUUACCUGGAAACACAGCCAGCAGUCCCCCAGGUUGUUACAGCUAAGGGGGUAUCACCUGGGUAGGUCGGGCACUCAGCAAUGGGCCGGGCUCCGACAGCUGCCCCCCAAGGCCGUCCCCAGGGCUGUGCAUUCCCAGGCAGCGUCUGGCACUCAGGCCUUCCCAGGAUCCCUUGCGCUGGCGGCGAAGGCACCGCCUGUGCGUGGAUUGCUGCUGUGGGGUGUUGUGGGGACUGAAGUGCCUGCGGCAGAUGAGUGAGCAGAGGUGGGGAGGGGACAGCCUGGCCUGUGGGCGUGGCUGGGUGAACUGGACCAAGUGAUGAGAAAGAAGAAGCCAGGGCUGGUUGGGGCAGGGGGACCAAAUCACAUCUUCACUUAGUGACAGUGAGGUGGGGCCUGCGCUGCGCCAUCUCUGCCCGGGCACCAGUCCCUGCUGUCACAAGCACCGGCUGCAGGAGCUUGGGACAGGCGGAGGGAAAGGAGCCCUUUGUGUGACCGUCUCAGAGCGGUUCCCACCAGCCAUUGCCACACUUGGUCCUGUUGGGCAGUCCCCGCACGCGGGCAGGACGGGCCACUGGCCCUGGCCUCCGCUGAGCCCCAGAGCUGCUCUGCUGGGGCAGGGCUGGGACAUGGGCGUGUGCACAUGCGAAGCUUGCAGGGCCCUGCCAUACCUGCUGACUGGUUCACCGGGACGGCGGGCUGCAGGGCUGCUAGGCCAGUGCCUUUCUCCCGCACUGACCUUACAUAGCUCCCAGGAGCGCCGGGGGGAGCUGGCUACGGAACCCACUGGGGCUUUUUGCACCUCGUGUUUUGCUACCUGACCGCGCUCUGUCUCGGUGCUGACGUCUCCUGAAGCUUUGGGCCCCUCCCAGCAGCAGCGGCUGGCUAGGGUGAGAACAAACUAGUGUGUUGCUUCCUUUCGUUCUUGUCUAGCAUCCGUAAGUCCCCCGGCAUGCCAGCCAGGCACCGCUGUGCAGCAGGGUUCAUGGAGCGCGGUGCUCUGGAGGGGACCCUGCCUCAGGCGGUGGGGAGUGAAAGGCUGUACACUCCACAAAUGGGACUGGGCUGCUUCCACCCUAGUACGGAGAGCCGUGUGCACCCCGUUCCUGCAGCCAUCUCCCCGCUUCCCUCUCACUUGUGGGCAUGGAGCCGCUUCGUUCCCAGCCACGGAGCUGCACUGGUGAGGACGCGUCCUGCUCUGGAUGUUGGUUAGCGCUGGGCGUGACAUGGACUUGUGCCUUCAGAGGAAGUUCUUCGGGGCGGGCAUUCUUGGUGCUGCGCUAAUACCCACGAUAACUGCGCGUGUUUGCACUUGCCGUGGGCACUCACUAGGUUACAGCUGUAGGAAUGGGCGUUUCAGCCCCCUGUGGUUGGUAAUCUAGGCCUGCCCUGUCCCAUGACAAGCCCUGAUGUGCUGCCAUUGUCUGCCACUGGGCCAGGCGUGCGUUUCCAAUUGCCAUGGAGCUCAUGGACUGGAGGUGGCAUGUCACUUCCUUGGGGGUCAGUACCCUGAGGUAGUCAGGCAGAGCCUGGAGGACUGGUAAGGACUGUGCGUUCUGGCUUAGAACACACCUGGCUAGGCAGCCAGUGGGAUGGGACUGGCAGGGACGGGAGGCUGCUGGAUAGUGCGGGGUGGCACAGUUGCUUAGCAUGGUUGGGGACCAUUUCUCUAGAAUGAAGUCAAACCUGCCGUGUACUCGCAGCCUUUUCAUCACCAUCUCCUCAUGCUGCUGCUGUGUAUUCAUGGCAUGUCCCUGGUGGGAAACGCCCAUGUCACCAUCCUUGUUAACCCAGCCCCGCCCUCACACCGUCUUUCAGAGCCUGGGGGGUCUAUUUCCCCCCGAUACGUUCAUUUAAAAUAAAAGCUUUGGGGCAGCAGGUGAGUUCUGUGUUUGUGGAAAUGCCUGUCUGGUUUCGUGGCCU